AUGAAUACGUCGACACUGGUCGAGACGGUCAACAUCAAUCUGGAAGACUUUUCGGAGACUUUUCUCACCUGCUCUACGUGCCUCUAUACAUACGACCAGGUUACUCGAAAACCGAAGCUUCUGCCGUGCUCUCAUUCAGUUUGCCUGUCGUGCCUAGAACAACUGGCAGCUUUGCCUCAGUUGAGCUAUGUCUGA